CUUAAAUGAAGAAAGAAAAUUAAUAAUAAAUAAGAUUGCAAUCUCACAAAUGAACCACACUUUGCAAACUCAGAAUCUAAUUGAGAAAGCCUUACUAAGUAGAGCAGAGUGAAGAAGCACAGAGAAUGUGAGAAGAAGAAGCAGCAAUGAGAAAGCAAAUGGCAAGACCCAAAUCCCCAGUUCUAGUAUUGACCCUCGUUUUGGCGGGUCUCUCCCUCCUCUUCUUCAUCCUCCUCUCUUUCCGCAGCAGCAGCGACGGAUUCUCCUCCGAUGGGCCCCUCCACCCGAACCCGAUUUACAAACCCGAAACCUCCUUCGUCGCUUCCCUGGAGCGCUUCCUCCUCGCUCCUCACAACUCCCAAACGACGACGCACCAAGAUCCUGAACACGUCGACGACGAGCGACUCUAUUCAGAUCCGUACUACCCACUCAGCAUGCCUCUUCGGGUUUACGUCUACGACAUGCCGUCCAAGUUCACCUACGAUCUCCUCCGCCUCUUCAUCACCUCCUACAAGGACACCUCCAAUCUCACCUCUAACGGAAGCCCCGUCCACCGCCUCAUCGAGCAGCAUUCCAUUGACUACUGGCUGUGGGCGGAUUUGAUAGCGCCGGAGUCGGAGAGGCUGCUGAAAAGCGUGGUGAGAGUGCGUCGGCAGGAGGAGGCGGACCUGUUCUACAUCCCCUUCUUCACCACCAUCAGCUUCUUCUUGAUGGAGAAGCAGCAAUGCAAAUCGCUUUACAGGGAAGCUCUCAAGUGGAUCACUGAUCAGCCUGCGUGGAACCGGUCCGGAGGAAGGGAUCAUAUCAUUCCAGUUCAUCAUCCUUGGUCAUUUAAGUCUGUUCGCCGAUCGGUUAAGAAUGCUAUUUGGCUGCUUCCUGAUAUGGACUCUACGGGAAACUGGUACAAGCCAGGACAAGUUUAUCUCGAGAAAGACCUCAUUCUUCCUUAUGUUGCCAAUGUUGAUUUAUGCGAUGCCAGAUGUGUAUCUGAGACUCAAUCCAAGAGAACUACUCUGCUCUUUUUCCGUGGGCGGCUUAAAAGAAAUGCUGGAGGGAAGAUACGUGCAAAACUUGUAGCAGAACUUAGUGGGGCUGAGGGUGUAUCUAUAGAGGAGGGGACAGCCGGAGAAGGAGGAAAGGCAGCAGCUCAGACUGGAAUGCGCAAGUCUACCUUUUGCUUAAACCCAGCUGGUGAUACUCCAUCGUCCGCUAGAUUAUUUGAUGCCAUUGUUAGUGGUUGCAUACCGGUCAUAGUUAGUGAUGAGUUGGAACUUCCUUUUGAAGGAAUACUGGAUUAUAGAAAGAUUGCUUUAUUUGUUUCUUCCAGUGAUGCUGUUCAACCAGGUUGGCUUUUAACAUAUCUUAGAAAUAUAAGCCCUGCUCAAAUUGAAAAAAUGCGCCAGAAUCUUGUUAAGUACUCGAGGCAUUUCAUAUAUUCAAGUCCUGCUCAACCUUUGGGUCCAGAAGACUUGGUUUGGAGAAUGAUGGCUGGUAAGUUGGUGAACAUCAAGCUUCACACUAGGAGAUCUCAGCGUGUUGUGAAAGAGUCGAGAAGCAUCUGCACUUGUGAUUGCAGACGCCCCAACUCCACCACCUCAGGUCACUUGUUGUAAAAAUAAACCACUCUCCCACUCACUAUUGUGCUUGGAGUAACAUGAGGGGGGAGAUUCACCUACUGUUGCUGCAGGUGUCGUAUCCUUUGGCCGUAGGGAUCUGUUACUCAUAGUGGAAAUUUGAUAUACACUGCCGUUUGAAUGCGUGUAAUUGGUUUGUGUCUCAGUACCCCCUGAUAUUUUGUAGCUAGUACCCCAGGGAAGGCCAUAGUAGCUCUACAUCUCUAAUUCUCUAUCUUUGUUUUGCAAAUUGCAAUCCUAGUCCUGUACAUUGGUCUGUCA